GAUGAUUGCAAAAUUUAAAGAAGAACUUAAAUUACAAGAUUCAAAAAUGUUAGAACUAAAAUAAAUAUGUGAAAUCUAUUGCAAAUUAAAAAAUUAUUAACAAUAAUUAGAUGAUGAAGAGACUAUCACAUAAGAAUACAGUAUUGUUAUUUAAAUCAUUUUAAUCUAGUUGAUGCUUUUGUAGCUUUGGGAGGUAAUCCAGAUAGAACUGGUGUUGUUUAAAAAUAAAUGAUUUUUGAUAUUGUAUAAAGUGAAUUUGAACUUAAAAUUGAUUUGGAAUCAUUUCUUGGAGAUUUUUAAGGAAAUUAAUUAGAAUUUGAAGAUUUUUGUUAAUUAUUUGAGAAUGCAGGUGAAGAUGCUAAGUCUUUCAUUACUGUAUAAAAUUUUAAUUCAUUUUUAGAGCUUUUCACAAGCAAAACGUAAUAACAAUUCUGAUUUUACAGUCAGAUUUAAAGACUUUGAAAAAUGGGAAAAGACUGCUAUGUGA